GGCUUCCGUCUGCAUCCGGCGUUCUGUCCGCAGUUUGUUAAUGUGAGAAUUUCAUCUCUACAUUUCCCCCCCACCCCACUUCAUAAAGCACAAUAUCACCGGUCCUUUCCAACCACAAAUGUCUUCAGACACACUGAAAAAGCGAAAGGCUAAAGUUCUUCGUAACGAAGCAGCAACUCCUGAGGUGAAGCGAGGCAGAGGUGACGCAGACCACCAGGAUGUACGUAUCUACAAUGAAGAGGUGGAGCUUGAUGGCAGGGACCAUGAGGAGGACUUCCUUCAGUUUAAAGAGUCGUGUGAAGGUUUAGCCACUCUGAUGGGUGAAAUACAGAAGCUCAAAGCCAAUGGGGCAAAAGACGGGUCUGCUGAGAUUGAACGGAGACGCUUGCAGAGCUGCAACCACUUCAUGACUUUGAAAAAACUCAACCGUCUCGCUCACAUGCGACUGAAAAGAGGCAGAGACCAGACCCACGAGGCAAAGCAGAAAGUGGAUGUGCUGCACCUCCAGUUGCAGAAUCUUCUGUAUGAAGUUCUGCAUCUUCAGAAGGAAAUCAGCAAAUGUUUAGAGUUCAAGUCUAAACAUGAGGAAAUCGACCUCGUGAGUGAAGAAGACUUUUACAAGGAUGCGCCGCAGGAGAUUUCUAGGCCACAACUCACCAAAAACGAUCCGCACCAGCUCACACUGGCACGAUUAGACUGGGAGCUUGAACAGAGGAAAAGAUUGGCAGAGACGUACAAAGAGUCUCAGGCCACCAAGGAGAAGAUCCAGAAGAGUAUUGAGGUCAAGAAGGAACACCUGAGGAGCUUGCAGCCUGGUCUGAAUGCCAUCAUGCAGGCCUCUCUCCCAGUGCAAGAGUACCUUGCCGUGCCUGUUGAACAGACUCAGAAACACACUGAGAUUGCUCAGCACCUGCCACCGCCUCUCUAUGUCCUCUUUGUUCAAGCCAAUGCAUAUGGCCAAGCAUGCGACAAGAACCUGAGCGUGUCUAUCAGUGGGGAUGUAGAUGAGGCCAAGGCUAUGUCCAAACCUCCAGAGGAUUCUCAGGAUGAUGACAGUGACUCCGACGCAGAGGAAGAGCAGGAAAAAACUAAGAGGAGACGGCCAACUGCUGGCGGCCAGCUGGAUGACAAAAGGCGAGAGAUGCUCAAGAGGCACCCGCUGUCCCUCUCUUUCGACCUGACGUGCAAAGAUGGCAGCAUCCUCAAUCUCUACUUCUACUACCUGAUAAACCUCAACAUUAUGACAGUCAAAGCUAAGAUUUCUGCGUCCACAGACCUCACCACUGCCAUCAGUGCAGGGUAUGUCAAAUCUGAAACCAUUCUCAGCUGUCUGUAUUCCAACGAUCAUGGAAGAGAAACACCCAAUCCAGCCAACCGUUAUCAGUUUGAUAAAGUUGGGAUUGUUUCUUUUGCUGACUAUGUGGAGGAGCUGGGUCAUCCCUACAAGUGGGUUCAGAGUCUUGGAGGUCUACAUUUUCCAAGUGACUCCUCAGAAGGUGAGCUUGUGGGCAGUUCAUUGAGUGCUAGCCAUAUGGAAACCACCAUAAAGCUCCUGAGGGGGCGGGUCCUGUCCCGCUUGGCUUUGCAUAAGCAGUUUGCCUCUUUAGAGCACAACAUCAUCCCUGUCAUCAGUGAGUGUCUGCACCUCUUUCCAACCAAGAUUAUUUCCCGGUUAGCUCAGUGGACCACCAUCACACACGAGGAGUACAAGGAUUUGACAUUUACACGUCAUGUGACAGAUGCUGGUCUGGCAAAAGAGACUGAUAUGUACUUUUCUGGAGUUAUUGAAAGAGGCACAGCUCGUCUCCAGGCUGCAGUGGUGCUGAAUCCUCGUUACCCAGAAAUCUCUCCCCUCUUCUCACUCUCUCUCAGCUGGAAGGGAGAGCGCAGCGGACGAUCUGAUGACAACCUUCGGGCCAUGGAGAGCGAGGUGAACGUGUUCAAAAAUGAACUGCAGGGUCCACGGCCAGGCUAUCAGCUCUUGACCAAUCAGAUUUCACGCCUGUGUGUCUGUCUGGAUGUCUACCUGGAGACCGAAGAACAGGAUGAUGGCGUGGAAGGACCACGCGAGUUUCCCCGAGAAAAGAUGUGCCUGCGUACUGUGAAGGGUCCAAAUCGUCUGAAGCCAUUCAAAUACAACCAUCCUCUGGGCCUCUUCAGUCAUCGCUAAAAGUUGGCCUGUGGUUCCUCUUACCAAUUUUAACUCAUCGCGACUAUUUGAAGCAUUUUAGACUAACUGUAGACAUUUUCUAAAAAUCUUUCCAAUCAUUUCAAAAUAAACCAAUCAUCUUGUUUUCUUUGGGAAGAAAAUGUCUUUGCUGCUUUUUGGAUGUAUGAAUUGACCAAAUUUUCCGUUCUCUUUGCACUUCACAGCCGCUCUAUUUAUAGAAUGUGAACUCACUGAUUAUUCUUCCCUGUGAUGCACGCACAUGUUCAUUGAAUACAGCUGCAAAAGGUUAUCCAGGAACAUUCAGUCAGGUACACUUUGGCUUUGUUUUUCAUUCUAUCGGUUAGGACACAAUCCAAUAUAUAAAAUGAAUAGCGUAGAGGAAAGUGCCACCACAUUUCAAUGUCAGCCAAAUGUGCCAGUGCCAAAAGCAGUUUCAUAAAUGGGCAUCCCAUUUUUUUUUAUUUAUCUAGAAAUGAUUUAACUUGAGCACCAAAGUUGUUUUGCUGUUGUUGGCCAAUUCUUAGAGACCAGGCAGUGCGACAUUGCGGUUGCUGUCGUGUGUGUCAAUGAUGCCGUGAUGGAUAUAUGCAACUAAAUCGUAAAUUGACUUGUGCUAGUAUGCUGCACUGCUCCUCAUUUAUACAUGAGCGUGGUUUGUGGGACGGGUGCAGUAUCUCCACCCCUUCUCCUUCCCCUGCAAUGCAGGCAAGUCUUGCAGCAUAUACCUUUCAGACUUGACAUUUGCUUUGACGAAUCUUCACCUAAGGUCAGCGGUGGAUAGAUUUCCCUGCAGACUUGAGCCACAAAAUUAUGUUAUCGUUCUUUAUUUUUGUUAUGCAAUUGGUCAGUUUAGCAGGUUUCUACAGAUCACAGUCAAUAUUGGACAGAUGAGUGAGACAUCUCACCUGUGAGGAGAAAUAAAGUGCACAACAAGCAUCCAGGUCUGUCUUACUAAUUACUAAUAUAGCAAAUAUAUUAUACCGUAGAUAUUUGUAUAUAUUUAAAUAUAUUAUUUGUGGUGAAUAUGUUCAGCUUGGCAUCUGUCCUUGAAGGCUUAGUGCAGGUAUGGUGUAAAUGCACUUAUUGUUGAAGGGCAGCUGUCACAUUCACUUAAAGAGCUUGAUAAACAGUGUUACCUCCAGACAAUAUGAGCGUGAAUGGUGCAUACAUUAGGAGCAGGACAGUAAAAAUAAAGAUUGCUUAUGCUUGAGCAUCCGUCUUGCUCUCAUCCAUAAAGUUUUUUUUUUGUUUGUUUUUGUCCACUCUAGCUUUACUUAUUGGCCUUCUCUUCCUUUGUGUCUUUGGAUUCUGUGCCAGGAGAUUUCACCACCUUCUCCGUCUUCCCGCUGUUGUCUGCUCCUUUACUGGUCUCCGUUUUCUCUUCUGGUUUCUUGCUCUCUGGUUUCUCGGGUUCAACUUUUGGCCUAGGUUUCUCCUCCUGCUGCUUCUCUGUUUUCUCUGGCUCUGCCUUUGCCAAUUUAGGGGCAGAGGGCUUCUCAACUGGGGUAGAAGCCUCCUCUUUAGGUUUGGAGACCGAAGCAUUGUUCUCAGCAGGCUUUGCAGCUUUUGGAGUUUCUUCCUUCUUUGGCACCUCAGAUGCUUGGCUUGCUUUUUUUACAUCAGGUUUGUCAUCCUCCUCUUUAUUCUCUGCUUCUUUCUCCUUGUACUCCUCCUCUACCGGUUGUUCCAUCUUUUCCUCUUUAACUGAUGGAUCCUUUUUUUCAUCUUUAUCAGGCUGAGGCUUGUCCUUUUUCUCCUCCUUUGUGUCGUCUUUGGGAGCAGGCGCAGGCUUGACUUUCUCCUCUGGAGGUUCAGGUGUCUUGGGAGGAGGAGAUUUAGACUUUGGGGAUUUGCUUGGAGGAGAUUUGGAUUUUGGUGACUGUGCAGGGGAUUUGGGCAUUGGAGAUUUGGCUGGUGGGGAUUUUGGCUGAGGAGAAUUGGAGACUUUCUCUGGUGAUUUUGGGGAAGAUUUUGCCUGAGGAGAAUUCGGGACUUUCUCUGGCAAUUCGGGCAUCUCCUCUUGCUUGCCCGCUUCCUCUCGUUUGUCAUCCUCCUUUUCCUCUGCUUUUUCUUCCUCUUCGCCUUCCUCUUCUUUAGCUUCCUCACUGUCUUCCUCCUCUUCUGUCACCUCUGUGACCUGAGUCUCAUCUGUCUGCUCUUCAACAAUCACUUUAUCUUCUUUCACUUUCAAAUGUGCCGAAAUUCUAUGAUCCAAGUAGCAAUAGGGACUUCCUGACACAAGACGACUCUCUUCUCCCUCCAGUAGCUUUCUGUUUUUGGAGACAACAUGGAAGCAUUGAGAAGUGCAAUGAGCGACAUGUAUUAUUCAAUCAGGACACCAACCUGUAAGCGGCUAUUUCAAUAUCGAGAGCCAUCUUCACAUUCAGUAGUUCCUGAUAAUUCUUUAGCUGGCUGGCCAUCUCCCAUUUUGUGUUUUUCAGCUCUGAGUCCAAAUGAUUGAUGGUGUCCUGUGGAAUAAACACAAAAUAUGACAUGCAGAAUUAAUAGACCAAAGGCUUCUUUCCUUCUGGUGCGAUGUCUGCGUUCGUGGUCGUGUUGCCUGAAGUGAGUCGAGGUCUUCCUGGUGUCUGUCCUCACUCUCCAUACACUGCCUCUCCAGGGACUCCUUGGUUCCUCGGAGAGUCUCCAGCUCGAUGGUGCGACUCUGGACCUGACGGCGGUAUUCCACGAUCUCCUCUUGAGUCCCGCGGAUGCCGUCUUGGUUGGACCUGGCCGCCUCUGUCAGACGCUCCAUGCGCACUAUACAAACCGAUGUUUAAUGAUCAACGUUUGGUUGUGUCACCCACGAUGUAUACUAAAUCCAACAGUAAACACACCACAUUUUAGUGUGUUGUAGCUCGUAUGUGUCUGACCGAGCAUCCUGCCCAGCCUCCCCCUUGUAAAUGUGAAGGAACCUCACCGCUACAGUCAGCAUGACAUCACAUAGACAAGGUCGUACUGCCAACUGUGUUGGUUCUGUAUCGAACAGAUCAGCAGAAUGCUUCUUUCCACACGUAAGCAUUCUAAAUAGACAAUAUUGCAACAUCAGUCAAGCUGUUGUCAGGUGGUGAAGGUCACUUGGCUUUGCCCCCUCCACACGCACUAAAGGAUUCCAUGGCUACAACCUUGACUGUGACCUUGAAGCAAUUAUACAGUAUUUUUGUAGGUUUAGGGUCAAGGUUUUAAAAAAAAGAAUCAUCAUCUGUUAACUGCUAUAUAUUGUUGCCUCUCUGUGUAAUCUUACUCCUGCAGUGCAUCCUUGUCUGCUGCAGCCAUACG